AUGCCCAAGAUUAUCUUGACUGUAGUUUUCUAUAUUUUCCUCUCUCUACAAUUGCGCCCUUCUAUAGCCCAACCUGAUUGGAUCAGGGUUGGCUAUUACUCGUAUUCAUCAGAUUAUGAGUUCCUCAUUUCGGACAUUAAUUCUUCUCUCUUCACUAACAUUAUUUGUACUUAUGCUUCUGUGAAUUCCACCUCCUACCAGCUCUCUUUAUCACCAACUGAUGCAGAACAUUUCUCCACAUUCACACGUACUGUGAAACAAAAGAACUCAUCGCUCACCACGCUGCUAUUCAUUGGAGGCAGCAAUGCAAAUAAUUCAGCAAUUUCUUUAAUGGUAAGCGAUUUUUCUUACCGAAAAUCCUUCAUCGAUUCCUCGAUAAAAUUAGCCAGGCUUUACGGUUUUCAAGGCCUAGACUUUGAUUGGCAUUUUCCACACACAAGCUCUGAUGUGUUCAAUAUGGAAGUUCUCUUUCAAGAGUGGAGAGCUGCUAUCGAUUUAGAGGCGACAGACUCUGUCCAGUCCCAACUGAUCUUGACAGUUUACAAUCAACCUCUUGUAAAUAACCUUACGGGCGCUCAAGCAGCUCUGUAUGACCCAAGUAAUUUUGUUAAUACGGAUUUCGGUAUAAGAGAAUGGAUCAAUGGAGGAUUAUCAACUAAUAAAUUGGUUUUGAGUUUGCCUCUAUUUGGCUACGCAUGGAUGCUAGAUAACCCGAUGGAGAAUGGUCCUGAUGUUCAUGUUAAUUACAACUCAACUUAUGUUGUAAAUUACUGGACAAAAGGAACAACUUGGAUUGGAUUUGAUGACGUGGAGGCUGUUAGAGCUAAGGUUUCUUAUGCUAAGGAGAAGAAGCUACUUGGCUACCAUGUGUGGAACGUAUCCGAUGAUGUUAAUUGGGUGCUUUCGAAAACUGCAGCUGGAGUGGAUGUAAAUAAUUCUUCAGUUCAGGAGGAUAACAAAAUUGGGCAAAAUAAUGAAAGGCAUUUAUUAGCAAUCCUUUUAUCUACAACAGCUGCUUUUGCUCUUCUAUUGGGAAUAUUUGUGAUAUUUUACUGCUGGAGGAGAAAUCUCAAAUUAAAAGGUAUCAAUGAAUAUACAAAGAUUGCUAGAGGUUCAUUUAAAAAUGAUUAA